AUGUCGGACGUUGCCCAGUUUGUCGCCGCCGCCGCCAAGGCCGACCCCAUCCUCUCCGGCUCUGACGGAGACCAGGCCGCUAUCACCAAGGCCAACUCCGAGUUUGAGAAGAUCGCCUCGGACCUGAAGCUCACCCCCGUCACUUACCUCGUCGGCAACCUCCCGACGACCGCCGACGUCAACCUGUACGCUCGCCUCCACCCUGCCGUCUCCUCGGCCCCUGCGUCCCAGUGGCCCGAGACCCCCGCUGUUCUCCGCUACUUCCUGCACAUCCAGGACCUCUCUGGUGUUAAGGCUGCCCAGAAGGAGCUUCCCAACGCCUUCCCCCCGGUCGACGUUGACGUCAACUCGCUCCCCGCCCCUCCCCGUGCCGCCCCCGCUCCCAAGCAGAAGAAGGAGAAGAAGGACAAGGCUGCCGCCGACGGAGCCGCCAAGGAGGGCAAGGAGGGUAAGAAGGACAAGAAGGAGAAGAAGGACGGAGCUGCCGCCGCCGCCGGUGCCCCCGAGGGAGCGAAGACUGAGAAGAAGCAGAAGAAGGAGAAGGCGCCGAAGCAGCCCGCUGCCCCCGCCGCUCCCUUCGUCCCCGUCCCGUCCAUGAUCGACCUUCGUGUCGGCAAGGUUCUCGACGUCAAGCGUCACCCCGAUGCCGACUCGCUGUACGUCGAGUCGAUCGACGUCGGAGAGGCUGAGCCCCGCACUGUCUGCUCCGGUCUCGUCAAGUACAUGACCGAGGACGAGAUCCGUGGCGCGACGAUCAUCACGGUGUGCAACCUCAAGCCGGUGACGAUGCGCGGUGUCAAGUCGUUCGCGAUGCUCCUCUGCGCCUCCUCCCCGGAGGGCAAGGACGGUGGUGUCGAGUUCGUCCUCCCUCCCGAGGGUGCCAAGGCUGGUGACCGCGUCUACUUCGAGGGCGAGGAGUUCGAGAACGCCACCCCGGAGCCCCAGCUCAACCCCAAGAAGAAGGUGUUCGAGACGAUUCAGCCCGGAUUCAUCACCCUUGACAACCGCGACGCCGCUUGGAUCAACCCCGAGACCAAGUCGGUCCACAAGAUCCGCACCAAGGACGGAGUCUGCAAGGCCAAGUCUUUCGUUGGCGCCAGCCUGUCGUAA